UGUACAGGAACAACUCGUCUCGUGUUUUACUAAGAUGGAAUGUAGACCAGAAGUGUAGUAUUAAACACGUUUGGAUUAUUUGGACUUCAAUGCAUUACGCUUUGAGAAAACAAUGUCUGUAUUAAGACGUGGAUCUACAGUGGCGUAUGUUGUGCUUGCUUUGCUUGACUGCUGCUGGAUAGCGGUUACAGGGCAGCAACUCUACUACUCCGUAUCAGAAGAGUCCAAAACCGGGUCAUCAUUCGGUAAUAUCGCAAAGGAUUUAAACCUUAACGUUCACGAAUUGGAGUCGCGAAUGUUUCAAAUCCUCGCCGGAUCAGAGAAAAAAUAUUUCGAGGUAAAUCUAAAGACUGGAUUUCUUUACGUAAAUGAGAAAAUUGACAGAGAAGUGCUUUGUGCCAAAACGAUUAAGUGUGCAAUCAGUGUAGAAGCUGUUAUUAACAAGCCAUUAAAGCUUUACCGAAUUGAAAUUAAUAUUUUGGAUGUAAAUGAUAAUGCGCCCACUUUUAGUGAAAAAACACACACGCUUGACAUUGCAGAAAGCUCGCUUCCUGGUGUCAGAAUGCCUCUGCCUCAAGCCACCGACAGAGAUGUUGGUAAAAAUUCAGUAAGUACGUACAAACUAAGUUCAAAUGAAUAUUUUACUAUAGCGAUAUCCAAAGGAGCAGAGCAGAGCGUAUCUGCAGAAUUAGUACUGCAGAAAGCUUUAGACCGAGAAAAACAGUCUGUAAUUCACCUCACUCUCACCGCUGUUGAUGGAGGUAGUCCCCCCAUAUCUGGAUCCUCUACAAUAAUAGUGAAUAUUGUAGAUGUAAACGAUAAUGCUCCUGUUUUUAGUAAGUCGCUUUAUAAAACAACUAUUUCUGAAAACAUUCCUGUUGGUACAACGGUUGUUGUAUUAAAUGCGACGGACAUGGAUGAAGGAAUGAAUCGUGAGAUUGUUUAUUCUAUACAAAAAAGAGACCAAGAAAAGAUUUUAGAGAUCUUUAACAUAGAUCCACUUUCGGGAGCCAUAACAGUAAAUGGAAAAGUAGAUUUCGAGGAAGAAAUUGCUUUUGAAAUCCGUGCUCAAGCCAGUGACAAAGGACACCCUCCACUUACCUCACACUGUAAAGUGCUAAUCGAGGUAAUUGAUCAAAACGACAACGCACCUGAAAUAAGAGUAACGCCGCUAAUGCAGACUGUGAAAGAAGACGCCGAAAUCGGCACAGCCAUUGCACUUGUAUCAGUGACUGACAGAGACGGUGGGAAAAAUGGCAUAGUGAAUUGUGUUGUAUCUAACAAAACGCCAUUUAAACUUGAGAAUAACUACAAAAAUUAUUACUCUAUAGUAAAUGGUCUUCUAGACAGAGAAAGUCGGACUCAGUAUAACAUAACUAUUACAGCUACUGAUGAAGGGAUUCCACCUCUCUCCAGCACAACUUUAAUUAGUGUACAAGUUUCUGAUGUGAAUGAUAAUGCACCACUGUUUCUAGAGAACAUAAUAAACGUUCAUGUUAAAGAGAACAGUCAGGUCGGAGCUGUGAUUAAAACACUGUCUGCAUUUGACACUGACAUUUACGAAAAUUCACAAAUUAGUUACUCUAUUGUGGAAAACAAUAGUAAUCAGAUACCUUUGUCUAAACUUGUGAGUAUAAAUUCAGUUACAGGAGAUAUCCACACCUUAAAAUCUUUUAAUUACGAGGAAAUAAAGAGAUUCCAAUUUAAUGUUCAAGCCACAGACUCUGGUGUUCCUCCACUGAGCAGUAAUGUGACUGUGAAUGUUUUUAUACUGGAUGAAAAUGACAACAGUCCUGGGAUUCUCACUCCUUAUUCUGAUCAUGGAUCUGUUUACACUGAGAAUAUUCCCUAUUCUGCUGAAGCGGGCUACUUUGUGGCUAUGAUCAGAGCUGUAGAUGCAGAUUCAGGAUAUAAUGCACUGCUUUCUUAUCACAUCUCUGAACCUAAAGGAAACAACCUCUUCCAAAUCACGACCAACAAUGGAGAGAUCAGGACAAAGAGGAGAAUGAGUGACAGUGAUCUGAAAACUCACCCACUGGUCAUUUUGGUUUCUGAUAAUGGAGAGCCAUCACUGUCAGCCACUGUGUCUAUUGAUGUUGUGGUUUCUGAGAACACAGGUGACAUAAAGACUCAGUUCCAACAUCCACCAGUAAAGGAAAACCGCUUGUCGAGUUCAAACAUUUAUUUGCUGAUUGCCAUUGUGUCAGUGUCAGUUAUAUUUUUACUGACUGUUAUCAGUUUAAUAGCUGUAAAAUGCUGCAGACCAAAUAGCAGUUUCAGCAGAUACAGCGCCCCAGUGAUCACCACACAUCCAGAUGGAAGCUGGUCUUACUCCAAAUCUACUCAGCAGUAUGAUGUGUGUUUUAGCUCGGACACACUGAAGAGUGACGUAGUGGUUUUUCCUGCACCACUUCCACCUGCAAAUGCUGAAUUGAUCAGUAUAAAUGGAGGAGACACCUUUAUGAGAACGCAAACACUUCCAAAUAAUGAGAAGGUAUGA